AUGGUUAGAGCAUCGGUAUGCAGACUGUUUCGAACAGUUAAUGUGUAUAUUUCUCGUCGUUAUGACCGUUUUUCAACGCGCUUGAACUGGGAGCCACUCAAGAAAGUGUCGGUUAACUUUCAGCCUGUCAUCCUUAGACCCUUUACUCAUACACAUCGAGCUCUCACAAGCACGCAGCCAAAAUUAUCCGUUUCAACUUCGUCUCCCAAUACCGCAUCUGUUAAACCGGCAGAUAUAGGCUUAGAGAAAUAUCAUGAACUAGCCGAUUCCUACCUUUCCAAGUUGUACGACAAGAUAGAACAGUGUCAGGAAGAAAAUGAUACUAUUGACUGCGAAUUUUCGGCUGGAAUUCUUACAAUAACCAUACCAUCUAAUGGAGUGUAUAUAAUAAAUAAACAAACCCCAAACAAACAAAUUUGGCUCUCAUCUCCCAUUUCUGGUCCCAAAAGAUAUGACUACAUCAUUUCUAGUGAAAGUCAAAUCAAAAAAGAAAAUGCAAGUCAUGGAGAAUGGGUUUAUAUAAGGGACGGGAAAACACUUUCGAAUUUAUUGGCUGAAGAGUGCGGAAUAACCUUAACAUAA